AUGUUGUCAUAUGGAAUUUUCAUUAUCAGAUUCAAUUCUUUGAAAGAUAGGGAUCAGAUUCUGGAGGGGGGCUACAUAUUCUUUAACCGAAGGCCUGUCAUCAUGAAGGCAUGGGACCCAAAUGUGAAUUUUAAGAAAGAAGAUGUAAAAAAAGUUCCAAUAUGGGUUCAACUUGAAGACUUGGAUCUGAAAUAUUGGGGACAAAGAUCUUUGUUCAAAAUAGUCGGUCAAGUAGGGGAGCCGAUUAUGGUGGAUAAUGUUACCAAAGAGAGGGAAAGGUUGAACUAUCCUAAAGUUCUUAUCGAAGUUAGGAUAGAUCAACAAUUUCCCGAUAAGUUAGAAUUUGAGAAUGAGCAUGGAAACAACACACAUGUGGGAAUCAAGUAUGAAUGGAAACCGAUUGCUUGUAAUAACUGCUACGACCAGGGACAUUUGACUGAUGAUUGUAAGAAGAAUGCCAAAGUGGAGAAGAAUUGGGUAGUAAAGGAAGAUCAUAGGCCAAAACAGGUAGUGGAUGAGAAUGGCUUUGUUAAAGUUACAAGAGGUACUAAGGGGAAAGAGCAGUCUAACACAGCAGAGGCUCUAAGGGUGGAAAACACUUUCCAAGCCUUAGACUCUGAUUUGGAACAGCAAGUAUUGGCAGGAAAGGAGGUUGAAGAUGCUGAGAAUGAGGGCACAUGCGAAGGGGGAGGGGGGGGAGAUCCCUCUCUCUCCAAUAAUUAA